CAGGGAUACUACACUAGUUUUGUUUAUUUUCAAGCAGCUGUGAAAAGCGCCAAAUAUUUGCAAAUUUUGAUGAGAAUUCUUUAUUGUUGUGAUUAUCCGGGAAUUUAAAAAAUCGAUGUAGUACAUAGAAUUUUAAACAGUGAACAGAUUUCAUUAUUAAUACAUCUGUAAAAAAGAAAACUAUUCCAAGAUCAUGUCGCAUGAUGCUGACUAUUUGUUUGCAUUGGAAAUGCAAAGACGCAUGAAUGCCGAAGCUGGUGAUGGUGAUAGUGAUAUUGAAGAAAUUGAUUUUAAGAAACCUUCCACAAAUCUGGUGGUAUCAAAAAAACCUUUACAAAUUAAACGCAGUAAUCCACACUCGAAUCUAGAUGAAGAUUUUCUAAAUCGUACACAAAAUUUAGUGCAUCCUCAGUGGGAGACGCUAGAUCCCACACCAGAUAUUUUUGCACUUUUCGGUCAAUUCGAUACGAAAUUCUUUCAGAGUCGUUUAAAGUGUGUUACCUUGGAAUGGAGUAAACGUAUGUAUAGCUGUGCAGGAAUUUGUUAUUCGCGACGGAAUCGCUAUGGCAUGGAUAUAACCAUACGUCUUAGUCAGCCCUUGUUGAGUUUGAGACCCAGAAAGGACUUGGUUGAGACCAUGUUGCAUGAAAUGAUACAUGCAUAUUGUUUUGUUUUAAACAUACGUGAGGGUAAUGGUGGUCAUGGUCCGAAUUUUAAGAAAAUCAUGGGAGCUAUAAAUAAAGUGGCUGGCACAAAUAUCACCGUCUAUCACACCUUCCAUGAUGAGGUCGAAUUGUAUAAGCAGCAUUGGUGGCGUUGUAAUGGCAUUUGCCAGGAUCGUUCACCUUUCUUCGGUUAUGUAAAGCGUACUUCGAAUCGUGCUCCCGGACCAAAUGAUCAGUGGUGGGCCACACAUUUACAAAAUUGUGGCGGUACUUUUAUGAAAAUAAAAGAGCCAGAGAAAAAGAAAAAGGGACGAGCUGCCAAAGAUAAGGAAAAUGAUAAAAACCCAUCUGCACCAGCUGGUAAUGAUUUACGUAAGUUCUUUACACCACAAACUAAGAGCACUGCUCUUCCCAAAUCAGGUUCUAACAGCUCAACUUUAGCGAAUAUCAAGGGUUUUAAUAAUUUUAACAAUGGCUUUAAAGGACCGGUUAAAACAAAUGGUGGUGGUACUAUGUUAUUAAACCCAAAAACAAAAUCAUCUACUACCAUUAAUACAAAACCACCAGCUACUUCUGACAUUGCCAAAGCGUUUCCACCAUCCUCAUAUCCUGGCCUAUCAACAGAUCCAUUUAAUGUUAGUUCAUCGCCUGCAACCUCCUCCGGUGGUCGCAAUAAUAGCUUAACACGUGGAGCUGUUGUGCCUCCGGGUGGUAAUCUACGCAAUGUUAUGGGCUUUAGAGAUUUAGGUGGUUUAGGUUCUGGUAAUAGUAAUGGCAAUAGCGGACGUCCUGUUUCUGGUGUCAAGCCAACAACAAUCAGUCGUGAAGAUUGGGGUCGGGGUAGUACACUAACUUCGUCAUCUUAUGGCACAAGUAACACGUCUAUAUCGUCUAGUCCUGAAGGAGAAGUUGAUCGUAAACAUUUAAGAGAUAUAUGGUCUAAACGUUUUGGCAAUAAUGCGGCUGGUAAUGAUUCAGGAAAAGGUAGUGGUGGAUUUGGGGAUAAAAUAAACAAUUAUAAUAAUGAUAAACCUCAAGGUGAUUCGAAACGUAGACGUAUUUCAACUGAGUCGCGUGACACACACGAUAUUAUAUUUGUGGCCGAUGAAAAAUCUUCAUCGAAUAAAAAUGAUUGGAUUGUUGUGGACGAUGAUAUCAUGCUGCAGGAACAAACAAAUAAAGUUAUAACUUUAUCCUCUGAUGAUGAAGAUGAUUCAGAUUCGGAAUGCAUUACAAAGCCGAAAAUUAAUAGAAACAUGACACUCGAUCAACGUCAGACCAUGAUUAAGAAAGAAAUAAUGGAUGAGUCUAUAAAUUUGUGUGACGAUGACAUAGAGCUAAUCGAUGACGAAUAUGAUGAUACUGCGGGACAGAAUUUAGAUCUUACUAUAGUCUCUGAAUUGGCAGACACCAGUGUUAUAGAUGAAUUCUUUGGGGAGGAUACUUUAAUGAAAGAAUUCAAGAGGGAAAAUGAUUGCCAACCCACCUCAUCUCGUCAUCAAUUUGAUGAGGGUUAUGAUAUAAUAACAUGUCCCAUAUGUCUUGAAAAAAUGACUAGAGCUGUAAUGGCAGAACAUUUGAAUGGUUGUACUGGUAUAGCCAUUAAGAUUUUACCACCGAAAAAAGCGAUGAAAAAAUUAUCGGCCAUCUCCAAAGAGGCUAGACCUAAAAGGCAGACACGUCCUUCACGAAAAUCUACAAAAGAUAUUUUAAGGAAUGCUGGCUAUUCUGAUGAUGUUUUGGAACGUAUUGCUUCUGCUAGCAGCAUGGAAGAAGAUGAUGAUGAAUUGGAAUUUUUACAAAGAGCUGGAAUAAAACGUUCACCCAACUCAAAGAAGUCAACGUCUACGAAAACAACAAAAGUUGAUUUAAAUUCUUCAUCCGAAGAUGAAAACACUCGACUCUAUCGCCAACGUAGUAUUUAUAAAACAACACGGCAAUGUCCGGUAUGUGCGCGCGAGGUGGAAGAGUCCGAAAUGAAUGAUCAUUUGGAUGAGUGUUUAGGUAAAUGAUUUUAAGAAUUUUUCCAACUCUGAAGGAGGCUUUGCAAAUUUUACUUUUUUAUUACAUUUAUAUUUUAUUAUAUUUUUUUAAGUUUUCUUUUCUUAAAAUCUACUUGUUUCUUGUAU